AUGACUAACGACGAUUCAGCGAACUUGCAAACUCCUCUAAACGGAGCACCCAAGGACGCCUUGAACACUCCCGCAGCGGAUGUUUCCGCGGCUGACGCACCUGCUAACGCCGCGUCACUCAACGAGUUCAAAAAGCUGCUUUCCACCUACGAAAAGAGGUCGGAAGAGCAGGAUAAACUCGUGGGAACCCUGACCAAACAUGUUCAAACCUUAACGGCAAGGUCCCGCGCGGUUCUCCCUCGCCGAGCCACUAAACUCCACGGAAGGAGGCUCGAGUUCGCAACCCCACACGAUAGGCCUGGAACUUCGCAGGAACGUCCUUCUGGACAAAACCCUAGCGAAACAUCCCCCGUCGCCAAGGGCAACUCGGAAAAACCUCCGACAUCCGAAAAGGAUACACAGGAGGAUGAAAUCGAGCUUAUCGACUUGGAGCCCAGCGAUGACUCCGAGGAAGACGCCGAUGAGGAACUGGCCGAAAGGCAAACCGAGAAUACACGCCACGAACGCCGGCAAGCUCGGAAAACCGCUGGAGAGGAUCCCGAGAUACGCGAUCUCCGCGAUUACAUCACCAAGACCGCCGCAGAAGUAAGGGCCGUGAAAUCGCAAAUCCACCACGCCACGAGUGCCGCCCCAGAAAUCGACAGGUUACUCGAGGUGGCUCGUAAAACGCCCUUCACCGCGCGGAUCUCUGAAACUAAGGUUUCUAAUCCGGGAAAACUCAAGAUACCGAUGUACAACGGUACUACCGACCCCAAAGCGCAUCUCCAGGCGUUCCACAUCACCAUGGGAAGAGCCAGGCUUAGGGAGAGCGAAAAAGAUGCAGGCUACUGUCGCCUAUUCGUCGAAAAUCUCGAAGGAGCGGUGCUCGAAUGGUUCUCCCGUUUGAAGCGAAACUCCAUCGGAAGCUUUCGCCAACUCGCGUCGGAAUUCCUCCUCAAGUACUCUAUGUUCAUCGAUAGAGAAACUUCCGGUGUCGAUCUAUGGAGCUUAACUCAGGAAGAGGGCGAGACCCUCCGAGAGUUUAUAAGCCGCUUCAAACUGAUCAUGGCGAAGGUCAGGGGAAUCAGCGACAAAGUCGCCAUCAAUGCUCUUAGGAAGGCGCUCUAG